AUACUGCCGGAUCUUUUAUUACGUUUUAGGCAUUUUAAAUGUGAAUGUAUACCGAACAUACAUGAUUUAUUACGAUCUUACGUCUGCUACUAUACGAAUUACACAUGCAUACAUUUUGUAAUAAAGUGCAGCACUUAUUUAAAAAAAUACGUGUCUACGAUUCGACAAUAAACAAUAAUGUAGAUGCAGAUGAUUACUAAUUUGUAUGGAUAUAUAAAAUAUAUGGUGUAUAUAAUAUACAAAUUAGCAUUUAUUAAGUACUGUAUGUGGUACACAUAGCUUCACCACUAUAUUUAUGCUUGCCAGCAUGUUUCAACCACGUGUAUAGGUACCGAAGGCAGCAUCAGAAUCAAAGCAGUAAGUAGUGGGUUAAUUAAUUGGGCAAGGCCGAAAGGAAAUUAGCAUUUUAUUCGUUAUACCAUUGGCUGGAUACCACGGAGUGGCGUGUACUUGUGGCUCGUGGGGCGGGGCGUGUAGGGGUGUGCUUUUCAUGAAUAAUGAUUGACGCCGCCCCCCAGCGCCGUUCCCCCGUGAGAGAUGAUGUCACGAGUGUGGCUCGUGUUCGUUCCAGCUGACUCCAGCCGCUGCUCGAGCAGCCUGCAUGCAGAAAGGCGUUGGAGAAAGACUCGGUUCAGCUCAUCAGGAAUCAGAAGCCGUCUAAUGAUGUCUAGGCCACUGUCUCAGAUUCUUCCCCCUGACCUCCCUGCUGGAGCCAGCCCGCAAUUCGGGAGUGGCAGCCAGGCGGGUGGUGCUCCGGGCGGGGGACACCUGAGCUCCAUGGCCAGCCUGAAGUCCCUUCUGCAGCUCCCAAUCAAAGCAGACCAGCGCGGGAAGGAUUGCUGCGAAAUGAAAGACAAAGAGAAGCCCCUGGCCUCGGACGAGGACUCGCUGGGUGGAGCCGGCGGUGGCAGCGGCUGCACCCUGAGGCCCACUUCACAGUCAGCCUUCCUGGGUCCCCUGUUGUGGGAGCGUACCCUGCCCUGUGAUGGGGGCCUCUUCCAGCUGCAGUACAUGGACUUGGAGGAGUUCCUCACCGAGAACGGCAUGGGCUGCAUGCACAGUAGCAGCUCCAGCUCUGCCCAGAUCCCCUCCCAGAGCUCCCAAUCUGCUGUCCCUAGCCAGAGCUCCCAGUGCCCCCCAUCCUCCCCGCCACCCUGCUCCUCAUCCUCCUCCAGUUCCUCAUCCUCCUCUUCCUCUUCUCUGCUGGGCCUGGAGGUGCCGCAGGCUACACAGGGGCUCCUGGGCACGCCAGAAGCCUUGCGUGGUGGCCAGGCAGCCCCUCCUAACCCUUCAGCUUCAUCGUCCUGCCCACCGCCCCCUGUGCCCCCUUCCACCAAUGCUGCGGAUGUAAUGGUGAACUUUGAUCCAGACCCUGCGGAUUUGGCAUUGUCAAGUGUGCCGGGCCAGGAGGCCUUCGAUCCACGGAGACACCGCUUCACAGAGGAAGAACUCAAGCCACAGCCCAUGAUCAAGAAAGCCCGUAAGAUGCUGGUGCCGGAGGAGCAGAAGGACGACAAAUACUGGAGUCGGCGGUACAAGAACAACGAAGCAGCAAAGCGGUCGCGGGACGCACGCAGGCUGAAGGAGAAUCAGAUCUCGGUGCGGGCGGCCUUUCUGGAGCGGGAGAACGCGGCGCUGCGGCAGGAGGUGGCUGACAUGCGCAAGGAGUUGGGCCGCUGCCGCAACAUCCUUAACAAGUACGAGAGCCGGCACGGGGACCUGUGAACUGCAGUGUUGCCAGGGGGCCAGCGACUGGGGGCCGAGCCACCCUCCUCUUUUCUAUCGCAGACCUUGUGUCUGUUUUUUUUUCCAGUGGGGGAACGCCAUGUGAACAGAUGGAGGGCGGUGGUGGGAGAUGUGUGAAAGGCAAAGAUGGUUGGGCAGGCAUUUUACAGAGAGUGUGAGAGCAUUUUGACAUAGGAAAACUGUGUAUUUUUAUAUCUGCAAAGAGAGAAAUUUGAGAGGAGCCUUUGGAAAUAAUUUUGUAUAUUUUAUAUAUGGGGAGGGAUUGGGGCAAAGAGAGAGCAACUAUACGAUGUUUUAAAACCGAUUUUUGUCAAAUGAUAUAUUUUAAAUAAUGAACAGCUGGAUGACACUUUGAAAAGCGAGGACAGGAAAAAAUGAAACUUUUGGGCUUAGAUGGAAGAAUGUAAAGUGGAUGACCGGUGAGAAAAGAAGUAUACUUGAGUUAAUCUGAAAAACAAAAUUAAAAUGGUCAAUUUUAAUUUUGUUGUGGGUUCAGUCAAGCACUUAAUUUGUUAUCCUUUUUAUUAUUUUCUUGGAAUAAAUCUAUGUUUGUCUAUUGAUAAGGUAUUGGGAGAGACAAGUAUACUUUAAACACUAAUCCCUACAAAAAAACUAUAUAUGCAAAGAUAUAUGUUUGUACGUACUCAGAGAGUAUUGUCAUGUACAUAUUAAAAUGGUUGACUAUGUAUUGAUUUAUAUACACAAACACACAACACAAACACCUCACGCUUACACACACAUGUCUGUACAAAGGCCACUGAGAGCACGCUCCUCACCAUGACCUUGUAUGGAUAGGGUGGAAGUAAAUGUGUUUUUUUUUUUUUUUUUUUAAACUUUGUUCAUUACUUGUUCUCUCUCUGUUCAGUGUGUGAAGUGAGUGAAACUGGUUUAGAAUUUCUCACCCAGGUUAAGUUGGCAGUGAGCAAGAUGCCUGUUAACUUGGUGCCACCAAGUGUGUGUUAUGUGCCAGUGUGAGUAUCAUCUUCACUGCUCAUCUUGGCCCCCCCAAAACCGAACAUUUUCUACAAAACCUGCCUGUUUUUUAAGAACCAAUUUUUUCCUACCACACCCGAUAUAGUAUGUUUAUGACUGUUUUAACCUAAUGAUUUUCCCAGUAAUGCACCACAAUGCUAAUGUAAUGUAUAUAUAUUUAAGAAUUAUUGAAUAUGAAAAUAUAUGCUUUCAUAUAUUUUCUUGGACAUGUGAACGUUGAAGACACAUGCACGCAUAUGUAAGAGGUGUAGUUCACUACCAACUCACCUUGGGAGGAAGAUUCUAGUAAAACCCAGUGUAGAACAGUGCUGAGUUUCAGAGCUCUUUGUUAAAUUAGCUAUAAGCAUUAAAUAUGAUUUUCAAAAUUUAUUGUUACUAUCUUAAUUAUGAUUGCUAUUGUUGUUGAUGAUGUUGUUAUUACUCUUACAUUCUUACUUUUUUUUUUUUUUUAAAGCAUUUCUUGCAAUGGUUCUCAGAAGGAAUGCAUUUUUAUCUUCUGUUUUAAAUCCCUUGUAUUUCAAGAUCAUUUUUCUGGCUAUGCUGUCUUUGGUUGUGUUCCCCUGUCUGCACCAACACUGAGAUGGUGCUGAACCCUAGAGUGUAUUGCUGUAGUCAUGUCCUUGUAUUUGAAACUGAUUAUAACAAAACAAUGGACUUUCCUGCUGAGCGGAUUUGAACCUCGCAGCCUGUACAUUGUCAGCUGCAGUGACCAGGUGCUGUUUACACUCUAUGGGACUCUUGGAUCAAUAUUGUGAUACUUGGGUCCAUUUGUAGAUUCCCAUAAACACUUUACAGUA